CUCGGGGCUGGCAGCGGGCGAUGCCCCGGGGCUGGGCGGCGCCUGAGCGCCCGGGAAGAUGCCGGUGAAGAACAGGUACAACCUGGUGGACGAUGGCUGCGACUCGCGGGUCCCCCUGCACAACGAGGACGCCUUCCAGCACGGGAUCCACUUCCAGGCCAAGUACAUCGGUAGUCUGGAUGUGCCGAGACCCAACAGCCGUGUGGAGAUCGUAGCAGCCAUGAGAAGGAUUCGGUAUGAAUUCAAAGCAAAGAACAUCAAGAAGAAGAAAGUGAGCAUCAUCGUUUCUGUGGACGGGGUGAAGGUAAUUCUACGCAAGAAGCAGAAGAGAAAAGAAUGGACCUGGGACGAGAGUAAGAUGUUAGUGAUGCAUGAUCCUGUCUACAGGAUCUUCUACGUGUCACACGACUCACAGGACCUCAAGAUUUUCAGUUACAUUGCAAGGGAUGGCGCCAACAACUCGUUCAGAUGCAAUGUUUUCAAAUCCAAAAAGAAGAGCCAGGCCAUGCGGGUGGUGCGGACAGUGGGCCAGGCCUUCGAGGUGUGUCACAAGCUGAGCCUGCAGCACGCACUGCAGAACGCGGACGGCCAGGCGGAUGGCGCCAGUGACAAGUCUGCGGAAGAGCAGCCUCUAGAAGUUCACCAGCAGCGGGGAGCCAAGAUAGUGGAUGUUGAUGAGGCUGACGUGGACUCCGAUGGCCUUGGCCUGUCUGAGAGGGGCACUGAGGAGCUGCCCUCCCCCAUCGGGGAGCUGGGCAUACUGAAAUCUGGACAGAUCUUAACAGACAAGAGCUGUCAGGAUGCUGACAACUGCUCCAUCUACCCCUCUGUGUCCCAGCAACUGCUGAGUGCAAGCAGCCCCUGCUCCUCUGCCUCGACAACCCCGCUGGCCUCCCAGCACUGCCUGCAGCUCCUCCAGCAUCAGCUACUGCAGCAGCAGCAGCAGACACAGGUGGCUGUGGCACAGGUGAAGUUGCUGAAAGACCAGCUGACUGCUGAAACAGCCGCCCGCAUCGAGGCUCAGGCCCGGGUACGCCAGCUGCUGCUGACCAACCGUGACCUGCUGCAGCAUGUCUCCCUGCUGGUGAAGCAGCUGAAGGAGCUGGAGAUCAAGAUGCAGCACAGGCAGUCAGUUGACAGAUCCUUGCAGAACCUGUCCCUGGCUCAGUCCCUGUCUCUGAACCUGAAGAACCAUUACAGCCUGGAAAUCAACCUGCCCUCCACCUCCACUCCAGCCAGUGUCCUGGGCAGCCCGCUGGCCCCUGGCUCGCUGGCUCUGCUGGGCACCAGCGCCUCCUACCUCAACCUCCUGAGCCUGGAGAAAAGCAGCAAGGGCCCGAUGGCCACGGACGGGGACGAACGCCUGGUGGUGCUGGAAGGGCAGGAUGGUCUGUACCGGCGGGUGGAGGGCUCCGAGGUCAGCGACCAGGCUCUGCUCAACGGUGGCGGCAGGCAGAAGGCAGGCGACUCGAGCAGCAGAGCAGAGGACGAGAGGUCUCAGCAGCCCAUCCCCAAACUCAAUCCCCCGCCGCCCAUCCUGCGGAAGAGGUCGAGCAAGACGUCCCCGAGCCUGGAGGUGGAAUCCAAGCCUGAGAAUGCUGCUCCUGUAUCGCUGCCCAGCCCCAACGCGUCCAGUCUCACUAGCGUCACCACCUGCUCGCUCGCCAGCUCCGAGUUCGAGUCGGACACCAGGACUCCUGCCCCUGGCACGGAGUUCUUCCCCAACCAGGGGGCCCGGCCGGCAUGGGGCAAGGACAGGACUGGCGAGAACGGCCAUGUGUCCCCCAUGUCUGGCACCUCCCGUUCUUCGGAAGGGGCUCUUGCCCCUGGAGAGAUGGCUAGCAAGAACCCAGCGAGACACCCAGCAGGCACGGCCUGCACCAUGGACAGCACCUUGCCAUUCUCCUCUGCGGGCACCGAAACCUGCUUGCACAUCAGCUUCUCAGAGGAUGAGCUGCUGGAGAACGAGGUGGAUGAGGCCAGGGGGCUCAGCAGGGUCCCUGCUUAGCCCCCAGUUAACUGGAAAGCUGUGCAGGUGCCAUCAUUACCCAAUGUUAGAAUUUAGGUUGGCACAGACCUCGGGGUAACUAGAAUUCUUAGUGCUUAGCCCAGGAAGCAGGUUGCCUCCCCUGGCUUCUCUGCAACACGUAGCAGCCAGGCUGGUUUUGUAACGCCCUCCCCAACAGGCUGCUGGGGGUUACAGGACGAGGCCAGGUUAGUCCAAGCCCCCUGAAGCCCCCCAAGAGAUCACAGGCUGUGGGCUGCAGACCCCACUGCAGCAGACAUUGGCUUGGAGAGCAAAUGGUAGAGUGCUGCUACAACCGUCCUCCCAACCCCCAGGUGGCUGAGGGCCUCUCCUCGUCCCACUGUUCUGCUCCGUGCAGUCCAGUGCCGCACACGCAGCAGGGUGCCUCUCUGAAACGCUGCUCUGGGAAGGUGGUGCUCAUUUACUGCCAUGAUUCUCGCUGCCCCAGUCAUGGUCGGCUGCUGUGUCUGCCAGACAGCGCUAUCCUCCGCCAUGCCCCAACCUGCCAUCUCCAUUGCUCUCCGGCCAGGCUGCCACGCCGCUGAACAUGCCUGAACAGCUGUGGUGCCAGUUUAGGUGCCGCUUGUUUACCCCGGCCAGAGGAGGCAAGUCUGUUCCAGUCCAUGUUUGCUCCUUUGCUGCUCAGCCCAGCUGGGGCCCAGGUCUAGGCUCCCCCACUUCGCCAGCACUGGUGUCUGACUUGUGACAAGCGUCCCUGAUGCUGUGCAAUACGAGUCUCUUGGCUGGGGAGAUUAGAUCCUGCCUAGCGAGCCCCAAAUGGGCACAAGUGCAAAUCCUCAGAUGCGCCACUCCUGACCACUUGGGAAUGGAACCAGUUUAUCAGCUUCUUGAACAGGAAACUCUGCAUCGGUAGGUCUGGGCACAGGCAGAGCAGGACCAGGGUGCUGACAGGCUCUUUGAAAUGCCCCCUCCAGCUGCUAAGCUGGAGAAUACCAUGGGAAGCUGUCUGGGCAGGGGUAGGCAGAGCACAAUGACCCUGAUUAACAAUCCAAGUCUCCCUGUCUCCCCACUCUGCAUCUGAUGGGAACAGACAGGGCCAGGAUGCGAACCUGUUAUGCUGGCUCCAUGGGUCUGUUCCCUUCUCACACUGAUCCCCUUGGCUAAUGGGACAGGAAAAACAGCUACUGUGUGGUAAGGG